CCGAACGGGGCGGGAGCGCGCGGAGCCGGCGGGGGCGGAGGGGUCCGCGGCAGCGGCGGUGGUGGCGGCAGCGCGGAGGCCUGGGGACCCCGACGCGCGGGCCUCAGCACGCGGACGCGGACGCGGCCUCGCACAGGAAGAACAUGAAUGGUUCGGAAAUGCUGCUGCCUGACACAGGAAGUUGGGAGGGCUCCUGGUGACAGAUGAAGAAGGCUGCAGAGGUGUGCAGUCAUCACUUCCUGGCACCAUCUGACCGGUGCGGUAUGGUCUCCCCAGGUAACUGGCGUGGGUGCCUUCGGCCAGAGCCCAGGACACAGGAUGCCCUCCUGCUGACUUCUGCCUUAAUGUGAAUGAGUCACAAGGGACAAGGUCUGUGUGGCCAGCCCUGUGUAAACACCUGAAGGGCACGCCCUCCUCCAAGGACAAGGGAGGCUGGGUAGGGGAGAAAAAAGUGGACAGAAGUGGAAUCUGAUCCAGUGCCAGGAAGCCUGUGACAGGAAGCCAGGCGGCUGCAGGAUUUGGCCCACCAUGGAGAACGCAGUGGCUUGCGUCCUCUGCCCAGGAGAGGACAGCGCUCGCGGGGCACCAGGAGAGGGCAGCCUGCUGCUGCAGGACACGACCGCAGGGGAGGGCUCUGCAUCUGCGUCUCUGUCCCAGUCGCAGGCACAGACACCCUGCAGUUUGCGCGCGUCCCUGUGUUUCAGCUCUGGGGAAGAGUCCCCGCCGCAGUCGAGCACCGCUGCCUCUCAGGACUCCGCGGCAUCCCCGCCCUCACGCGUAGUACAGACGCAGUGGGCGGUCAGCAGCGCGAGCGCCCUGUCGCUAGAGGAGCCUGUGUCGCAGGAGGAUCCUGUGUCCCCGGAGGAUCCCGCGCGCCUGGAAGAGCUCCUGUCCCCCCAGGACCCUGAAUACCAGGAGGAGCCUGCAACCCCUGAGCCCGCGCGCCAGGAGGGGCUUGUAGCGUCUUUGGAAGAGCUCGGGGAGCCCCCGCCUGUGCCCUCCGGUGACGGGUCUGUGCACGGGGAGCCUGACCUGGUGCUCGAGGUGUGCGGCUACCGGCUGCGCGCGCACAAGGCUGUGCUGGCUGCGCGCAGCGACUUUUUUCGUGCACGCGCGUCGCGGGACGUGCUGCGCGUGCAGGGCGUGAGCGCCGAGGCGCUGCGCCUGCUGCUGGCUGACGCCUACGGUGGGCGCAUGGCGGGCGUGCGCCCCGACAACGUGGCCGAGGUGGUGGCUGGGGCGCGCCGCCUACAGUUGCCUGGGGCCGCGCAGCGCGCCACCGACGCCGUGGGGCCGCAGCUGACUCUGGACAACUGCUACGAGGUGUUGAGCGCAGCUAAGAGGCAACGGCUAUCUGAGCUGCGCGACGCCGCCUACCGCUUCAUGAGCGACCGCUACCUGGAGGUGCUUCGGGAGCCCACCGUCUUUGGGCGCCUGUCCGGUGCCGAGCGCGACCUGCUGCUCCGCCGCCGCCUGCGAGCCGGCCGCCCUCACCUGCUGGCCGCCGCGCUUGCGCCUGGGCCGGCCGGGGAGCGCGCCGGGAGCCGCCCGCAGAGCCCCUCGGGGGAUGCGGACACGCGCGGGGAUGCGGCCGUUUACUGCCUGGAGGCAGGCGGCUGGCGCGCGCUCACGCGGCUGCCCGAGGGCGCGGCUGCCCGCGGCUGUGCCCUGUGCGUGCUCUACAACUACCUCUUCGUGGCGGGGGGCGUGCUCCCCGCGAGCCCCGACGGCCGCGCGCGCCCCUCGGAUCGUGUCUUCCGUUACAACCCGGCCACCGACCACUGGGCUGCCGUGAGCCCGCUGCGCCAGGCGCGCUCGCAGCUGCAGCUGCUGGCCUUGGACGGUCACCUCUACGCUGUGGGCGGCGAGUGCCUGCUCAGCGUGGAGCGCUACGACCCUCGUGCCGACCGCUGGGCAGCCGUGGCGCCACUGCCCCGGGGUGCCUUCGCCGUGGCACACGAGGCAGCUGCCUGCAAUGGCGAGAUCUACGUGUCCGGGGGCUCGCUGUUCUACCGCUUGCUUAAGUAUGACCCUCGGCGCGACGAGUGGCUUGAGUGCCCGUGCAGCCGCAGCCGCGAGCGUUCGGCAGACAUGGUGGCGCUCGAUGGCUUCCUCUACCGCUUCGACCUGGGCGCGGCGCGCGGAGGCGAGGAAAGUGCGGCGGGGCUAGGCGCCGUCAGUGUGUGGCGCUACCACUGUCUGGCCAAGCAGUGGAGCCCCUGUGCCGCAAGCCCACCGCCCUGCGCGCCUAGCCUGCAGUCCUUCCGCUGUGCUGCACUGGACGGCGACAUCUACUGCGUGAGCCGUGCGGGCACCUGGCGCUUUGUGCAUCCACGCGAUGGCGAGCCCGACGGCCACUUUGAGCUAGAGCCCCUCGCGGGAGCCCUGGACGUGCGUGGUGUGCUGGUCCCUUUUGUUCUCAAUCUGCCAGAGCAGCCUUCGGACCCUGGGGAGCAGGGAGCUGCCUAGGUUGGGCAGCCAGAAGAUGGCCCUGGGGCUGGGGUCUCAGGCAGGAAAGGGGGUGGAGGAGAGGGAGAGAGAGUAGGGAGGGCUGCUACCCUCUGUGGCCUUGGCCUGCGAUGUAGACACGUGCUGUGAGGGUAGGUGCUUUGCAGUCUGUUCUGUUGUAAGCACCAUUGCUUCUCUCUUAUGCAGUUCUUUCUGCUUCUGUUUGCUUAGUGGGGCCCAUGGUGUAAGGGGUAGGAUGUGAGCAAAUGGCCCCGGACAAGAGGCACGGGCUGCCUACAUGUGGAAGUGGGGCUCACAUGAGCUCGGGGUACACCGAGGGGCCCAGGUGCGCUCCAGCCUGCUCUCCUGCGAGAUGAGGGGCUGUGGACCUGCCCCGGGGGCUCCUCUCACUGAAGUUUCUCACCAUUCUGGCUUUCUGUUUCACUUUGGCUUGAGACUUAAAAGCAUAAUCGAUGAGCUCUGUGAUUUAGUAAAAACUCUUGCUGCUGUCUGCUCAAGUUUGUGGACUGACAGGUAUUUGUGGUGAGGUCCAUGGUCACCAGUGUGAUGUAGUGCCUGAGCAGUGGAGGCCUGGGGGGUACAGUCAGUCCCUGCUGAUGCAGGAUAUGGGUGAGCACCAGUGAUAGCCCUGUGGCUGCCAUCCUGGGUCUCUGGUGAGGAGAUGUCCAGCCAGGCAGACCAGUGGCUGCAUCCUGCAGGAGGCCGGACCUGCUCGCUGGCCACUGCUGUUAGGAGGUGCUAGAAGGUACACUGUUGCUCAGAGGAGCCUUCUGCAAACAGCACAGACACACUUUGCAUUCGAGUUUGAAUUGCAUGAUUCUGAUUGCGGGUCUGGAUUAUGAAUCCAGUUCAUUUUUUUUUGCUCUAAAUGGUGAGGAUUCUUUGAGAUGAACACACUGAGAACAGACAUGAGCGUGGUUUGCUUGUUACCUGGUGGUGGGCAUUGGCAUCUCUGUAGAAAUCAGUGGGUAAUUGGGAAAUCGGGUGCACUUCCUGGACAGUUUAUGGUUGUGAAAGGUCUCUGCUAAGUUAAGUGUGUUUAGAAAUGGUCAGCUCGACUCGCAUGCAUAACCCGGGGGUGGAAUUUAGGGUUUUGGCCAGUGUUUUCUGGGGGCUUGUAAGCUUGCUGUGAUUAUUCAUGAGCCAGGAGGAUAGGUUGGCUGCCUGGUUAAUCAUCUUAGGAAAGAAAAACAGACUUUGCUUGCCUAACUUUAUUGUCCUUUUAUAGCAGUAUGCUGGAGAAAUGGGAGUAGAAGAAAUAGGUAGAGAAAAGGAAACAGAUAAUGCUGUUUUAAGGAAAGUACAUUUUAUAUUGUUGUGAUUUUUUCUGUAGAAUUUUAUUACAGAUGCUAAAAGUGUUUUUAUAUGAAAUGGAUUCAGACUAAUAUUUUCGUUCUUUAAUAUCAAGUCCACGCAAUACUCUCGAUAGGGCAUUUCCCAAGGAGUCUUGCUGGGGUGUUCACUGUUGGGACAGUGGCCACGGAGAGGACAGGGAAAUGGCGCUGGUUAACCACUCGGCACCAUGCUGGAGAUGCCCUGCCUGUUACUUUCACUUCUCUGAAGCGAACAGUGCCUGCUGCAGUCAGCAGAUCCUCCUGUGGGCCCUGGGAUCCCGGGGGCUCCUGAGAUCUCGUGCAGGAAACCUGAGGGGCGGGAGGGAUUAUCAUUACCGCCUGUUGUGCAAACAGGUAGAAUAGUAUGUAUCAGAUUUCUAGACAGUAAUAAGCUGAUGAAAAUGGGAUAAGAGGCCCUGGCAGGUCACAGCACCAUUGGAUUUUGUUUUGGGGCCAGCCGCUGGGUGUGGAUGGAGCAAGGUCUGUGCUCAUCAAACUAUCGGAAAAGCCACAUCCACCAACUACAGAUCUGGGCACUGUGGGGGAGGUGGCCUGCUGGGACAAGCCCCCUGGUGUCCAGCUGGGCUGGCCCUGUCCCAGGACAGUGGGAGUGGACAUGCUCAUGGCUCCAGGCAGUGAUUGGAGAGGGCCAGUGUGUGUGCAGCUCUGGUAUCCCCAAACAGAGCCCAUCGCAGAGAGAAGGCCAUGCACCCGAAGCUCAGCUUCCCAAUUAGCUGUCAGCCAGACAUCCCCUGGGACCCACAGGAAGGUGCUGUGUGCUUUUUUAUUUCUGGUCCGUUGUCACGCUCUGGCCUGAGAUCUUGUCCACACCAGCCACAGUGCCCUCUCCUUUGCCUUUAGGAGAAUGAAACUCGCUGUGGACAUUCCUUUGCAACUUAGUUAAAACUCAUUACCAGUUUUACUGUGUAUUCUAAGCAAGCAGAGGAUCAUCUGUUCCACUUCUGUUAAUUUCUAGUGUGCUUUAGUAAUUCUGGUCUCAGGAAACUUCCUGUGAAAUGCGGAAGCAGGCUGGCUGUUUUUGAGGUUUUUUGCUUUGAGCUGAAGCCAGGAUCCCACAAUCACGCGUGGCCCCUCCCGCCUUGCUUUCUGUAGGUGUUUUCCUUAGCUUUCAGGAAGUUCUAUUUUGAAGUUAAAUGCCGGUUUUUUUAACUUUCCCCUUUCCUCCAGAGUAUUAUUCUCAGAAGACUGAUGACUUGAGCUAAAACUGUGCACAUUCUAGGUGCACCUGGCUUUCUCCCUGCAAUCACAGCCUUUGCGCUUCCCCACGUCCGCCAAGGGGCCUAGACCUCACAGAGUUGAUUUGAACAGCUCUGCGGGCUGACUGGAGGUGAAGGAAAAGUGUGGGUGUGCUUUACAUGCGGGUGAAGCUCCACCAGUGCUUGGUGAAUCGCUAAUAGGCACUAACUAGAACUCACUGGCUGUCUUUUGUCACGAUGAGCUGUUUAAGAUAGAGUUCCAGCCUGCUCUUCCGUGUGUGUAGCUAAUGUGUUUACUAAUGCUUGAGUUUUAACCUCCUGAGCAUCAAUGCUGUAAAACCUCAUGUGUGUCAACAUGUGCAGAAUGAAAUAAAGCGUGUGGAAGAGG